ACUACACUUCCCGGCAUGCCGUGCGGGGUCGGGGCUGGGUCGGGCUUUUGGUGUGGUUCUGGUUACCAUGGCUACCCCGAGAGUUCCAUCUAGUGAGGGGAGAGGGACAGAGAGAGAGAGAGGAGCAGAGAUGGUGAGUGUGAAAAAUCUUUGCACUGAGUGUGCAAAGAGGGGCCAAGGACUGCGUGGCCUGAAAGAUGAGCAUGCGAUGGGAUUGCUGUAAGAUCUCACUGCGGGCACCUCCUCUGGACUAUUCCUUCCGAGGCAUCAGCUUCAUCCAAGACCUGCUGACAGAGGAGCCCCGGCCUGGCCUCAAGGUGAUCAAGCGCUCGGCCGGGGGGAGGCUGCUGACCCAGGCUGUGCGCCUGAAUAACAACACCAUCAAUGAGCUGACCGACUUCACCUCCACCAUGGAGCAGCUGCUGGAGUACCCCGACGAGCUCUCCUGGGUCGACCUCUCCUUCAACGACUUGCCUACUAUCGAUCCGGUGCUGACUACAUAUCCCCAGCUCCGGGCCCUCAACCUGCACGGGAACAGCAUCCAGAGCCUCAGUGAGGUGGACAAGCUGGCCGUCCUGCCGUGCCUGCGCACAUUGACCCUGCACGGAAACCCCAUCGAGGAGGAGAAAGGCUACAGGAGUUAUGUGCUGUCCGUGCUGCCCCAGCUGAAGUCCUUCGAUUUCAGUGGCGUGACGAAGCAAGACCGCUCCACCGCCACCAUCUGGAGACGCAUGAACGUCAGACCCAAGAAGGUCAAGAAAAGGCGGGAUGACUACUGAGGGGACGGGGCCUUUGAGGCACGGCAUGAAGCAGCAGCUGCACCAUUCAACGGGGCCCAGGGCCGUGGCCUGUGGGGGCGGAAAGCCCGCGUGUUCGCUUAGGAAUAAAGGCUUAGAGCUCUGUGGGGUAGGACGAUGAAUCGCUACGAGGAAUGGGGCUCGGUCAUCACUGGAAACGGACAGGGAGGGCUGCCAUGGCAGCGGGCCGGGUACACGCCUGCCAUUGUUGGCACAGAGGGUCUGUGCUCAGCUCGCUCCACCAGCUUCUCCUGAGGGGCUGAGAAAUGCCUCUCCUCCUCUCCGGUGAUCGGCAGGCAGCUGGUGGGGAAGAAAUGGGGCCCUGGGCCUCCAGGAGGCGUCUGACACCAAGACCCGGUUGUGGCCCCAGCACUGGAUGAGCUGGCCUUGCCAUGCUGGGCUCCUUUAAGAUGUUCCAGCCCCUUCCCCGCCCCCCAGCCAGCUCCUGCUGAGGCUGCCAGCGAGAGUCCAUCUGUGGUCAGGGGGUGCUAGCGAUCCUACGCCGGCUGCUUCCUUCUCAGCACCGCUCCCGGAGGCUCGGGCCCCAGGCUUGGCUUGCUCACGGGGUUUCUCUACGGCUGGACUGUAAAGUGCAACCCCCGGUGCCCAGCACAUCAAACCCAAAGCCAGCCAGGCAGGAGCAAGGUCACAGAACCGUCCCAGCAGAGCCCCCAGCUAGAGCCCAGGGGCAAAGAGAGGGGCCCCUACCCGGGGAGGCAAACAGCUCAAAGUGCUACAUACAACAGGACUGUCCAUCUUCCACGCCACCUGCCUCCCUUGGCCCCAGCAGGCAGGCUCUGCAGCGUGAGCCCAGUCGCUCCUGCGGGCACUGACCUCAUCACGCGCUCAGCCCACCUCCAAACGCUCGGUCUCCUUACUAACAAGCAGAGGAGGCAGUCAGCCAGGUAGGGGUGGGAUGAGCCUGAAGGCCCCUGGCUCCUUUGUGGGAAGAAAGCUGGUAAGUGACUGUCCCACGUGACCAUUUGAUUGAUCAUGGGCUCCCAUCAGUCAUGAGGCCUGCAGCUUCUGGGGCUACUCUGCCCUGCCCUCUGGGCUUUAGUGUUUAAUGCUCAGAGUCAUUCCCAGCUGAGCCAGCCAGGUUUCCCUUGUGCCACAGGGUCCUGAGCUAGUCACGUCAUCCCCAUGCAAGUCCCUGCCUGCCACUGUCAUCACUUCCCCAAGAGGCUUCUAGCACAACUGCUCCAGCCCCUUUCUUCGCUCCCUCCUCCCCCACAACAGGAAAUUGUCACCUCGCCCUUUGUCUUCCCAGAGGCAGAGCUUGCCCAGAGGCAAAUCAGAAGCUCGGCUGAUAAGAGGCAAAGCAUGUUCGAGCCAGCCCAGGCAUGGGUGCCGCUAGGGUAGAGCUGCAAUCCGAUCCCUGACCAUUAACUGAUAGUGCAUGCCCAGUGGGCUAGGUGAGGGCCUGGGACUAGCACUGGUUCCGUGCUGUCAGACCCAUUCCCCUCCCAGACGCAUCUUCCCCCACCUCCAGCUGUUCAUUGCCCCUACUGCUUCCCCAGGGCCACUUCAGUGACUAGAGAGGCUUCGGUAAGGCCCCAAUUGGGUAGAUACUAUGGUGCUACAGAUCAGGCCCAGGAGCUCCCUUCUCCGGGAACUACAGUGUGGGGAGGGAGCCAGGGUUCCAUCUGUGGCUAGUUCUACAUUGGGUCUGGCAUAGUUGAGAGCAACCUCAGGGCUGUUCUAAGUGACACCAGCCUCUAACCAUGCCAAAGGAGCCACUGGCCACACAAGGGAGGGGUGUAGCACAGCACCUGCCUGGCUCCCCUCUGCCCUGGGGCAAAGUGGCACACAACCUGCUUCUCCACCCCUGAAGGCUCUCCCACCUGCAGGGACAUGCAGCCCAGCAGAUGUGCCUUGCUGAAGACAGUGUCUCCUCAGACUGAGGAAAAAUGGUGGCAAAGGGGUGAAAUUCAGCCUGGCAAGGCCGCACCGCCCUCUCCCAGCUCUCCUUUAGCACAAGCCCCUGCCCCCACAUUCCUUGUGCUUGCCCGGGGGCUGCAGUGCACUUAAGACCCAAGCAGCUGCCAGCCUUGCUAAAGCAGAAGUUUAAGACAGCCCCUUUAGUGAUGAUAUGGGGGGGGGGGGGGGAGGGAGAGAGUUGUGAUCCUCUCCCUAAAGACCCUAAUGUGUUAAUGCUGCUGAGCCAGCCACCCAAAACCACGGCUGCCUGGGAUGCUCAGGCCAGCUCCACAAACCAGAGUGACUGGGGGUGGCAAUCACCCUGCAUCAGUCCUUCCCCUUGUGCCUGGAAAUCCCCAUCCCUUGGCCGUCGUAACAGGAAUGAACUCAACGAGCUGUGCCAAGAGCAGGUGGUAGAGACACUCUGGGGUUAAUGAUCUGAGGGGUCCUUGCCCCAGUUUUGCUGGCGCACUAUUAAACACGUCAACUCUU